CAUGCCCCCUGCCAUGUGCCACUUUCAGGUCUCCUCACACACUGCUGGUGUGUUCCAUUUUUUGUCAUAGGGGUGCUGGCAGAUUACGGGCCUCCCAUUGCUGCUGUCUCCAUCGCCACACUCUGCCAUGUGCCACUUUCAGGUCUCUUCACACUGCUGGUGGUGCUGGCAGAUUACGGGCCUCCCAUAGCUGCUGCCAGGCCCCUAAUCUGCCAUGGGCCCCUAUAUACCGCCUCCUCAUGCUGCUGCCAAGUCCAGAGUCUCUCAUGGGUCCCUGUACGGCCCUCCCAUUGCUGCUGUCUCCAUCGCCACACUCUGCCAUGUGCCACUUUCAGGUCUCUUCAC